AUGGUGAUAGAAGGCACCCAGCCCAUUCUCAUCAAGCGCAUCAAGGUGCUCCAAACAGCGAGGAGGGCAGUGAAUAAGAUUCACGCAGAAAUUCAGGACUUUCGAAAAGGACUACAAGAUCUUGAAAUGCUGAAGUACAUAACUGGAUCACCCGAAGCCACUGAAUCCCUCUCCGUAGAUACUGUUGGGCCUAUAAACUAUCGGCAGCUAAAAUCAACGUACACAGUGCAUUUAUCCCCGCUUGGCUCGAACAACAGAUCUCAAGAAGACGACACGAUGUUUGCCUGGAAAGAUUUCCUUCGUACUUGUGAGAGUGGAGACAGCACAGUCGCAAUCGCUGACAUACUGAGGCUUUGGACGGGGUCGGAGUGUGUCCCACCUCAGGGUUUUGAUAAUAAGUUGUCCAUUACUUUCGUCCCGAAAAGAACGCCAGCUCCACUACCAGUUGCCCAUACUUGUGGUUUGGUUUUGGAGUUGCUGCGUGGUUUUGACGCAGACGCCUUUGAAGAAAAAUUGACGUAUGCCAUCAAAUAA